AUGUCUCCAACUGCAAAUCUGACUGAAAAAGGCUACGACUUUGGAACUAGAGGCGGCCACAAUAUCUCCAAAGGUGGAGCUAAUCCACAUCAGAUACCCACGUUUACAGAUAAGUAUGAGCAGCGGAAAUGGAUGUUGGAGCACGCCGCAGGCACCUUCAGAGUAUUUGCAAGGUUUGGCUACGCAGAAGGUGAGGCUGGCCACAUCUCCUUGAGAGACCCUGUAGACCCCCAGACAUUCUGGAUUAAUCCACUUGGGCUUCACUUUGCAAUGGUUGAGCCAAAGGAUAUGGUCCAUGUUGACGCCGAUGGUAAUAUUUUGCCUGAUGGAAACCAGGCUCCUAUUAACGCCGCGGGAUUCGCCAUACAUCUGGCUCUCCAAAGGGCCAGACCAGAUAUUAACGCAGCUUGUCACACCCAUUCUGUGUAUGGAAAGGCAUAUUCAUCAUUUGGCAGGCCAUUGGAGAUGCUCAACCAGGAUGUGUGCGUAUUCUACCAGAACCAGGCCGUUUACUCCAACUUUGGUGGUGUAGCGCUUGACAGUGAAGAAGGAAAAGAGAUUGCCGAGGCUGCCAAUGGUGCUAGAGCGGUGAUUUUGCAAAACCAUGGAUUACUUACCAUGGGACUGACUGUUGAUGAGGCCGCUUACUUUUUUACGUUGAUGGAGAGAAGUUGCCAGGUGCAAUUGGCUGCAGAUGCUGCUGGUCAUAAGAAGAUCAUUAUUGGCGACGACGUAGCUGCCUACUCUGCGUUCGUUACCAAUGAUCCCGAGACUGUGUAUGGAGCAUUCCAGCCUGAAUUCAACUACCAGAGAAAGUUGGACCGUGAUGAGUUUAUGCUGAAAUGA